UCUUUCAAUUUUAUCUGUUGCGCAGAUUCUUCAUUUUUCGAUUCCUCAUUCGCGUUCGAUUCUCCAAAAAUACAUUAGAAACUGAGUUUAUAUAAUCGACUAAUUAAGCUUUGAAAAGGAUAGAGUGUACCAGAUGUUUACAUUUACCUCGUUAUGAAAUAGAGAGGCUAUUUUCAAAAGAUGCUCGGGUUUUUGAGUAACAUAACCUAAAAGUUAUACAGCAGUGUGAUGAAAGUGUUGAAGUUAUAGGUAAUUUAUAUCUCGUCUGAAGAUACAAUGGCAUCGCCAUCAGAUCACAAGGCUACCAUCAUUGACGGUAAAGCAAUUGCUCAAACUAUUCGUUCUGAGAUUGCUUCUGAAGUCCAACGUCUUUCAGAAAAGUAUGGCAAGGUCCCCGGGUUGGCAGUUGUCAUUGUAGGAAAUAGGAAGGAUUCACAAAGUUACGUGAAUAUGAAGAGAAAAUCUUGUGCUGAGCUCUGCAUUAAGUCUUUUGAUAUAGACCUCCCAGAGGAUGUAGCUGAAGCUGAGGUGAUUAGCAAGGUCCAUGAGCUAAAUGCUGAUCCUGAUGUACAUGGUAUACUGGUACAGCUUCCGUUACCAAAACAUAUUAAUGAAGAGAAAGUUCUGUGUGAAAUCAGUCUGGAAAAGGAUGUAGAUGGCUUUCAUCCUCUGAAUAUCGGCAAGCUUGCAAUGAAAGGCAGACAACCUUUGUUCAACCCUUGCACGCCCAAGGGAUGCAUCGAGCUUUUAGUCCGAAGUGGGAUUAGCAUAAAGGGGAAGAACGCAGUUGUGGUUGGUCGAAGCAACAUUGUUGGAUUACCAGUAUCUCUUCUUCUUCUGAAGGAAGACGCCACUGUUACUGUAGUCCAUUCACGCACCAAAGAACCAGAGAAAAUCAUUCGCGAAGCAGACAUUAUCAUUGCUGCCGCAGGACAGGCUAUGAUGAUCAAAGGCAGCUGGAUCAAACCUGGUGCUGCAGUAAUUGAUGUUGGAACAAAUGCUGUAGAUGAUCCUACAAGAAAGUCAGGUUAUAGGCUCGUUGGAGAUGUCGAUUUUCAGGAAGCAUGUAAGGUGGCUGGCUGGAUAACUCCAGUUCCGGGAGGCGUUGGACCAAUGACUGUUGCAAUGCUUCUGAAGAAUACAUUGGAUGGAGCUAAACGAGUUAUCGAGAAGUAAACACUUCAUUGGCUCUGUAGACCACAAUAAGGUAUGUCAAGGCUUCUUAGCUAAUUGACAAUACAUUUAGAAAUGACAAAAAUUACAAUGAGAUUGUUCUUGUGAUAUGGUAUUUCAUGUCGAAAGUAUUACAACCACUCGCUUAUUAUGCAUUGAUCAAAUAUAUUAUCGGAUAUCACUGUUUAUACUACAAGAACUUGUUGAAUUCUGAACUAUAUCGUUACACUAGCAAUGUGGGAGUACACAAUAAUUAUUGUAUUAGGUUACUACGUGAAUUGUUAGAAGUCACAAUCAUUUAGGUAGGUUGGUAUUAUCCAUAAACUUAUAAUAAUACUAUGCUAUAUAUUAAAAAUAAUAAUAAUCUAGCA